GUCGGGACAUGUCAUAUUACACUGAAUAGGUGAGUGGUGUUCAGGUUCUUGUAAUGUUUUUGGGUUCGUGUUGGGUUCAACUCGCUAACAUGAUGUGUUUAACUCCUGUCUCUUUGCUUUUCAAUCAUCUAUGCUUCAGAUUGAAAAUGGACGAUACGAUGAAGCAAUUUCAAGAAACGCUGAUCGAGAUUGAGACCGAAGCAGAGAAUCUUCUACUUGCAAGGCAUCAGUUAGUUGAGGAUGAUAGAAUGAGAAAUGGGAACAGGGAGGCAUUGACUGCAUUAAGGAAGCAGGCCCGAACGACAAAAACAAGUGUUCCUUCUCCUUUUAAUUUGAUGAUGAAUGAAAUUGGUGUAUCGAGGCCUCUAGUGAAGGAGAUUUGUGAAACUUGCGGGAAUCAUGACUCCAAGGAAAAAACAUGGUUGAUGUUUUCUGGAACUGAUAUGUAUGCUCGGGUUCCGUUUCAUGCAGCUCAUACGUUUUUGGAGACAGAUCACAUGAGGCUUGACUUUGAUGUUAAGAAACUACAAAGUUACGUAAAGGAGAAGUCUUUUUUGAUAUCGGAACAAGGUGUUCUUGCUGACAAGAUUGGUCCCGGCGUUUUAAAGUCAUUGGUGACAUUACAAGACAGACCAAAAAGAGACACCAAUUAAAACACACUCUACAGAAGAAACCAAUUGUAACAAAGCAAAUACAGAAGCUUUUGUGUGAGUGUACCGAUGAAAUCACUUGAAGAUACUACGUCGUGAACCAAUGAAUUUCUGGUUCAUCUAGGUUAGCUAACGGGUCAAAACGAGCAACACUUAAACGGGUCAACUUUGUUUGUCGAUUAUGUAAAAGAAUUAUAAUUAAGAAAUGUUAUGACAAUAAAAGUGUUUGUUUUGGUUUUGUAACACAUGGUAUCUUGGGGAUUUCUAGGUAUUCUGUCAACAUCUGCAGUUAAUAAUGUCAAAUGGAUGAAACAAGUACUGAAUUAUAAACAUGUCAUCGUGAUGAUGUUUUUGGGUGUGAAGAUGUAUCAACCGUUCAUAUAUUUUGUUUGACAUAUGAUAUGUCACUUGUCGUUUAUCUGUGUGGUUCUAUAAUUAUUAAAGUGUCAUAUGUUGACAAAGUAUCUAGUUUUUUUGUGGUCC